AUGGCAGAUCCUCUCAGCAUCGCAGGAUCUGUGGUAGGCAUCAGUGCAGCCGGCGUACAAGCCUCUGUGAAGCUUUAUGCACUCGCGGAAAAGGUUGCGACAGCCAGUCAAAGAGUUACAAGCAUCGCAGACGAUGUCAGCAGCACAUGCGCUAUUCUCAACCAAGUGCGUGAACUCAUUAUCCCUCAGCCUGACGCACAAGGCACUCUCAAAUCGGUAUUCAACUCUACCGGUCUGCACGACAUCUCACAUGGUCUUCAGCGCUGUCGAUCGGCUUUCACGGAGAUCGAAGCUCUCUUGCGUCGUGCAUUUGAGCAAGUGGGGAAGCGGCCUGCCUUGCGUUCGAAGAUAGAACUGUCCCGCUUUGAGAAGGCCAAAUGGCCUUUUUUGCAGCCGCAAUUUGACGAACUACGCAACGAUCUACGAGAUGCGAAAGGGAAUCUUAUUCUUAUGAUCGCUGUGGCUAGUCUUGCCCUUGCGCAAAGAGAUGGGCGUCAGCGACCGAUCCAUGAAACGGAGAGACUGGAGCUCGGGUCAACUAUUGUGCAGCUGCAACAAGCACGUAUAAGCAAGCCAAGUGAUCAGAAGGGUCUCGAAAGGUCUCAGGAAGAGAAAAGGGGAUGGCAACAACGCUUUGAUAAGCCAACAACAGUCGAUUCAGUGGGAGACACAAGAUCCGAACAAAGUUCAACCGCAUGUCUUCAUCGCGACUUUAAGCAAUUCCUUCCGGAAUCAGCUGCUCAAUACAGGGCACAACAGCAGGCUGCGAAGAAUGCUGCCGAAGACGCAGUCAUGCUCAGCAUGGUACAAGGUGGAUCAGGGUAUGACGCGGUCGGAACUGUGAAAUCUACGAAAGCUACUCCACUCAGUGUGCAAGGAAAUACUAAAUCCAUACCGCUGGUCAGUGAGAGCACCAGCGGCCCAUAUUCGGCUGAUGCCGAGAUUGAUGUUGCAAACGUGUCUUUGCCAUCCAUCGGCAAUGCCAAAAUGCAAGAGCGAUGGAAACCUGACAUGGUCAAUCGAUCUAUCGAAGAAGCAAAUACCAACUUGGCUAUUCUACAACAUACUACAAGAGCCACAGCAUACUUCGGACGACAGACAGGCAACUUUUCGGGUUCGCUCCAAGAAUCCCAUGCACCUGAGCACAAGAUCUCUCCAACUCCAGCACCUGCAAUGUCAGGUUCAGAUUGGAGUGCAGUAGCCGAGGUCUAUAAAGAACAGCCUGGAGCGACAGCCUCUACAGCUGCGCCGUCAGCCCAGCGCGCGAGCGAGAAUACACUCUACUAUUGCGGGUGGAUUACAAGACAUCUCCAAGGGCUCGCAACUGGUUUUGGAGACUCUGUCUCUAUUACACAGAUGAAUUUACCGGAUCAAUCGCUCGAAAAACUGGUCAAAAGCUAUGCCGACGCAGGUCUCGAUCCUCACAUAAGCUUACUGGACCUCACUGAUCAACAGCAAGACAUGAUCAAGCAGGCGAUGAAAACCAAUCCUGGCGCAGAAGUAGUAUAUGUCAAUGUUUCGCGCGAUAUCAAGGUGUCCAGCGUGUUUGGUAUGCUGGAUAUAAGCGGACUCAAGUGGAUUGCUGCAUCUAGAAAACCUUGGUUGAAGCUUGGAUCAAUGGCACAGAUCAGUCACAUCUCUCCGCAGCCCGCUCCCCCUCCAUCUACUAGACUCCCGCCAUGGCUUCCGGGGAAGCCAUUGCCGGCCCCUUUCGCAAAGACCACUGAGCCUGUUUCUGCAACACAGAGUGGGCAAUCUUUUGGACAUGGACCUCCACCUACCCAGCCUUAUGACUACAUGUCGUCUUCCGUCAACUCCAGACCUCAUCCGCCAGCGCCACCUUCCGAAGAACAGCGUGCAGACAGACGCGCGAAAGAAAGGGCAGAAAAGCACCUAGCUGAGAAGGAAAAGGACCGAGCAGUAGCUAGAGAGGAGUCUCGCCGUCUCAAAGAUGAAGAACGACGUCUUAGGGAAGAAGAACGCCUGAUCGAAUUCGAGAAGGCGCAGGUGCGUAGUGAGAGGCAGAUUGCAGAAGCUCGAGAACGAGAUGAAGAACUGGCGGCAACUCUCAAGAGCCAACAGGAGAAACUUAGCUACUAUUUCCCGCGUAGCAGUGACCUCUCGCCUUCAAUAGCUUGCCACGAUAGCGUUACCUCGCUUCCAGCUGAGUGGGGUCAAACUCCCAGCAAGCGUCGCACAAGCAUGUCGCAACCAAACCCUCCAGCAUUUGAUACAGGAUAUGAGCAAUCCUCACAAUACCCACAAUCGUACGCUCAGCAAUAUCAAGCGCCCAUAGAAGAGAACGGAGAAGAUAUCGUAAAUGAGCUCCUUGCUCGAUGGACGACUCUGGAAAAUCUGGUGGAAGGGUCUCAUCAGAGACCUGACUAUAGGUUAAAAGACGACAAAUACGCGAGGUAUAGUCGUCGAUAA